GCGGCGUGGCUGGCGCAGCCGCUGCGCGGCGGCUACCCCGGCAUGAGCAUGUUCGCCGUGCAGACGGCGCAGCCCGACCCCUGCUACGACGAGCACGGGCUGCCCCGCCGCUGCAUCCCCGACUUCGUCAACUCGGCCUUCGGCAAGGAGGUGAAAGUGUCGAGCACCUGCGGGAAGCCGCCGUCGCGCUACUGCGUGGUCACGGAGAAGGGCGAGGAGCAGCUCCGCUCCUGCCACCUCUGCAACGCCUCCGACCCCAAGCGCGCCCACCCGCCCUCCUUCCUCACGGACCUCAACAACCCGCACAACCUGACGUGCUGGCAGUCCGACAGCUACGUGCAGUACCCGCACAAUGUCACCCUCACGCUGUCCCUCGGCAAGAAGUUCGAGGUGACCUACGUGAGCCUGCAGUUCUGUUCGCCGCGCCCCGAGUCCAUGGCCAUCUACAAGUCCAUGGACUACGGGAAGACCUGGGUGCCCUUCCAGUUCUACUCCACGCAGUGCCGCAAGAUGUACAACAAGCCCAGCCGCGCCACCAUCACCAAGCAGAACGAGCAGGAGGCCAUCUGCACCGAUUCACACACCGACAUGCGGCCCCUCUCCGGCGGCCUCAUCGCCUUCAGCACCCUGGACGGCCGCCCCACGGCCCACGAUUUCGACAACUCGCCCGUGCUGCAGGACUGGGUCACGGCCACCGACAUCAAGGUGACCUUCAGCCGCCUGCACACCUUCGGCGACGAGAACGAGGACGACUCCGAGCUCGCCCGCGACUCCUACUUCUACGCCGUGUCCGAUUUGCAGGUCGGUGGCCGCUGCAAGUGCAACGGCCACGCAUCACGCUGCGUGCGCGACCGCGACGACAACCUGGUGUGCGACUGCAAGCACAAUACGGCCGGCCCCGAGUGCGACCGCUGCAAGCCCUUCCACUACGAUCGGCCCUGGCAGAGGGCGACGGCCCGGGAGGCCAACGAGUGCGUGGGUGAGUGGCUGCUGCGAGGGCGCGCUGGGGACACGGUCACGCGCGGGCGCCGGACGGGACGAGGGCAUCGAGGGACUCAGAAGUGCAGGGCAAGGCGGAGGACCCGGGACACGGUAGAAGCGCACGGCAGGGGAUGUUAA